GGGGUCGCGGCGGCGGCGGCGGCGUCAGCGGAGGCCCGGGUGGUGGGAGUCGAGGCGCCGGAGCAAGAUGGCGGCCCGAGUGCUGCGCGCCGGCAGAGCGGCUUCGGCCGGUGGCCUCCUGCAGCGGGCCGCCCCCUGCAGCCUCCUGCCCAGGCUCCGGAGAUUGACAUCUUCCAAUAACAGACCUCGAGAAGACAGCUGGUUAAAAUCCUUAUUUGUCCGGAAAGUUGAUCCAAGAAAAGAUGCUCACUCUAAUCUCCUAGCCAAAAAGGAAACAAGCAGUCUGUACAAAUUACAGUUUCACAAUGUUAAACCGGAAUGCCUAGAAGCAUACAACAAAAUUUGUCAAGAGGUGUUGCCAAAGAUUCAUGAAGACAAACAUUACCCUUGUACUUUGGUGGGGACUUGGAACACGUGGUAUGGCGAGCAGGAUCAAGCUGUUCACCUCUGGAGGUAUGAAGGAGGCUAUCCAGCCCUCACGGAGGUCAUGAGUAAACUCAGAGAAAAUCAGGAAUUUGUGGAGUUCCGCAAGGCGAGAAGCAACAUGCUGCUCUCAAGGAGGAAUCAGCUGCUGCUGGAGUUCAGCUUCUGGAAUGAGCCUGUCCCACGGUCAGGACCGAAUAUAUAUGAGCUCCGAUCUUACCAGCUCCGACCAGGAACCAUGAUUGAAUGGGGCAAUUACUGGGCUCGUGCCAUCCGCUUCAGGCAGGACGGGAAUGAAGCCGUCGGAGGAUUCUUCUCUCAGAUUGGGCAGCUGUAUAUGGUGCAUCAUCUUUGGGCCGAUCCAGACCGUCCCAGAUGGAAGGCAGGUGCCGGGCCACCUGGAACAGACGAGGUCAGUGGUGAAAGGGCCACAGACUCGUGGCGUGUUGGCAGCUAGUGGGCGUGAGAGCGGGAUGAGAGGUGACGCGAGCAGCCCCAGGAGACGGAAGACGAUAAAGCAACAGCGCCUUUCCCAGAGUCCCCGCCUCCCUGAGCGGAACGCCCUGCCGCCCCGCCGCCCCGCCGCCCCCUCCGAGCUGGUCCUGCGUUUCACCUGGAGAGGAGGUCCCCGAGCGCCCACUGCCCACCUGCAUCUGGCUCCAUGUCCAGACGCCCUUCUCCCGCCUUUUCCUUCCCCACCCACUUUGGUUUGGCACCUUCUUUGUGUUUUUCGGGGCCUGACUCAGAUGGUCCCACUGGUCCCCAAGUGAACGUCACUGUCCCACUGAGCCCCCAGAGCCCGGUGUUGUGUGUGGUCACAGUGGUGGCUUGUCUCCCUGUUGGAACAGGAGCUGGGUCUCAGUGACAGCUUAGUACCUUGUGGGCACAUUUGUAAAUGGUUAUUAAAAUUAAAAAGAUGAAAAGCGUGACUCAUUUCCAAACCAUAGUAGUUAACUGAGGUGUUGGUUUGCCCUGUUUGGUCUCAUCACGCGCUGCAGUGUUGUCUGCCUGCUGGGCUAGCGGGAGGUUUGGGGACCAGGUGACCCGUCUGACAAGUGAGAAUGCAAACCUGAGUGGCGCGCACGACCUCGAGUUACCGUGGGUGUACUCCUGACACAUAGAGGGGUAGAAAGUUACGUAUUGGGGGAAGUCAGCGGAAGGUGGAAUAUCUAGACGAGACUGACAGGUAAUGGGGGAAGGACGGGCUGGAAGUGAUGGAGACACAGGAAAUUAUGAAAACUGCUCAGAAGACUACCAGUCGUGCUGACGGGCUGAAUGGAGGGGGCCUGCUGGGGACCUGGGUCUGAAUGGGUGAGUUGAGGGAAGAAAAGUCAUUUUCACGUUGUGCUCCCGAGCCCUCCCCUGCAAACCCGCAGGGCCUGGGGAAGAGACCCCAUCCAGACCCCUGCCAGGCCCUGCACACCUCAGCCGCACAGCCUGGGCUUCCCUGGCAUCUGAGGGAGUGAAACCGCGUGGACGGCUGAGACCGCUAGCGGCCUCCGCUCCCCGGGCAUCGGGGGCGGCGCUGUUCUAGGGAGCGGCUUUCUAACCCGCUGAGGUUUGACCUCCUAAGUAUCAGAGUUUUCAAACAUAGUAGAUUUGCAAAUGGAUCUUUUAAAAAUGUGUUGGUGUCCCUACCUUUUGAGGUUAUACUAAAUAUAAUUUAACCUUUAUGGGUUUGCAGUAGGAAUGAAGUAGUUUUUAUUAUUGUUUUUUAAAUAGCAUAUGGUCUGUCCAAAGGAUAUAAACUGUGGAAAGACAGAUCCCUCCCCUUCCUCAGCCUGGAGGGGCCUCUGAGGGUGGCCCCUGCGCAGCCGCCCCGGCGGCCCUCUGUCCAGAUGGGAGCCCAGGGCCUUGGCUCCAGGCGGAGGGCAGGCCGCACGUACACUUGGUUCACAGCAGCGCCCGUAGCAUGUCCAGACAGGACUCUGGGGAAAGGAGCCUGGAAUUUACACUCCAUUACUAGUAGAAGAGAGAAAUUUUGUCUUUAGAUGGUCAAAUUGCUAGGCCCCCAGGGUUUGGUAGGUCUUCUUUUAAGAAGAGGAAGCCCCAAAACAGAAGCAGACACUCGUGUCUCGGCUGACACUCAGAGACCCCCCCAGCAGAUGCCUAUAGGAGGAGAUUCCCUAGUAGGCGUUUGGGAGGAUCUGGCACAGGUUGGGAAUCAGAAACCAAGGCACCUGAGCUGUACUCAUGACCCCAAGGGAUACCUGAGCUGUACUCAUGACCCCAAGGACCCUGACCCUUUGCCCAGGCUCUUCCCUCCACCCAGAGUGCCUCUCUCUCCCGUUCCUGCGUGUCGAUGACAAAAUGUCCUUUUCAACUUUGAAGACCCCCUUGGUCACAUCACACCUUCAGGGCAGCUCUCCCUCAUCAGCUCCAUCUUCCCUGUUGAGUCUUUUUGUCCACUGCAGUGCACAGUCCCUCCCCCAGGUGUUCUAGUGCUUUAUGUAUGUUGAGAAAAAUUGAACCUAGUAUUUUCUUGUCUGUAAUCUGACAGUUUCUGGUUAUGGAUUUAACAUGUUACUGAGGAAGCUCACUUGGUUUGUAAAGGUGUGUCUCAGAUCCACUAGACUGUAAAACUUGAGAGCAGACUGUUUAACUUCUCCCACAAGGCCCAACAUACUUUUGUUCAGAAUAACCAGCUCACAAUUAUCCCAGCUUAGUACUAAAUUCCCAAGGUAUAGAUGGUCCGUGACUUAGGAUGAUUCAACUUACAGUUUUUCAAUCUUACGAUGGUGCAAAAGUGAUCCACAUUAUGUAGAAACUGUACUUCGAAUUUUGAACUUUGAUCUGUUCCUGGGCUAGCGAUACACAGUCAGAUACUGUCCCGUGAUGCUGGGUAGCUCCCAGGCAGCCCCGCGAUCACAGGGUAAACAACCGAGAUACACUUAACAACCAUUCUGUACCCAGACAGCCCUUCUGGUUUUCAUUUUCAGUGCAGUGUUCAAUAAAGUACAUGAGCUAGUCAGUACCUUAUUAUAAAAUAGGCUUUGUGUCAGAUGAUUUUGCCCCAUUGUAGGCUAAGGUAAGCGUUCUGAGCACGUUUCAGUUAGGUGAGGCUAAGCUAGGAUGAUCUGGUAGGUUAGAUGUGUUAAACACAUUUUUGAUUUACAAUGUUUUCAACUUACGAUGGGUUUAUUGGGACUGUAACCCCAUCUUAAGUCGAGGGAGCUCUGUAAGCUCUCUGAGAAAAUUAGAUGAGCAGCUGAUCAACACUUAAUGGAUAUACAGUUGACCCUUGAACAACAUGGGUUUGAACUUCAUGGGUCCACUUAUCUGCAGAUUUUUUCAGUAAAUACCGUACUACACAAUCCACAGUUGGUUGAAUCCAAGGAUGUGGAACCAUGGACACAGAGAUGUCUGUGACUAUUUCAGUAUGGAACUUGAGCAACUGCGGAUUUUGGUAUCUGUGGCGG